AUGUCGGACUACGAUGAAGAUGUUGACAUGGAUUCCACGGCGCAGACCGCAAUAAAAUUUAGCUCCGACAACACCAAUACCAAAGGCAAGAAAAUUGUUGCUGAUCUACCCAUUGGAGCUGAGGACAAUUUACCAUGGGUUGAAAAGUACCGACCAAGCUCGCUGGACGAGGUUCAAGGACACCAGGAUAUACUAGCCACAAUUAACAGAUUCAUCGACUCACAUCGACUACCACAUCUCCUCCUUUACGGGCCCCCCGGUACUGGAAAAACCACUACAAUCCUCGCCCUCGCCCGACGAAUCUAUGGCAGCAAAAACAUGCGACAAAUGGUCUUGGAGCUCAACGCAUCCGACGACAGAGGCAUCGACGUAGUCCGCGAACAAAUCAAGACUUUUGCAAGCACAAAACAAAUCUUUUCCGUGGCCGCUCCCGCCGCAAAGGAGAAUUCCCUGGGGGCAUUCAAAUUGAUCAUUCUCGACGAGGCCGAUGCGAUGACGGCUACUGCGCAGAUGGCGCUUCGACGGAUUAUGGAGAAAUAUACCGCCAAUACGAGAUUCUGUAUUAUUGCGAACUACACACAUAAGCUCUCGCCAGCUUUAUUGUCGAGAUGUACGAGAUUCAGAUUCAGUCCGUUGAAAGAAGUGGAUAUUCGGUCGUUAGUAGACAAGGUCAUUGAAGCGGAGAAUGUGCGGAUACAACCUGAAGCAACCGAAAGUCUUGUCAGACUGAGCAAAGGUGAUAUGCGGCGAGCCUUGAACGUUCUUCAAGCUUGUCACGCGAGCAGCAUCCCACUCCCCAUGCGCAACGCGCCCAAAGACCAACCACCCCCCGAACACGAACUCAUCACCGACGCAACAAUCUACAACUGUAUCGCCGCCCCUCAUCCCUCCGACAUCCGCGAAAUCAUGACCACCCUCUUGUCCACCAGCGACGUAACAUCGUGCCUCAACACAAUCAACACAUUGAAGACAAGCAAAGGUCUUGCCCUAGCGGACAUACUCAGCGCGCUAGGUGAGCAGCUACAAACGCUAGAAGUCCCCGCUCAGACUCGGAUUAGUUGGUUGGAGGGAUUGGCGGAGGUGGAGUGGCGGKUAUCUGGCGGAGGGAGCGAGAUGGUGCAGACUGGAGGUCUGGUAGGCGUCAUCAGGAAUGGAUGUGAGUUGAUGGGUGAUAAGGGUGUGGCGAUGGAGUUGUAA